UGGAAGUGACAGAGCGGCGCGCUGUGAACGUCUACUCCGAACUGUGCGCCUUCACACACUGACUCAAUGAGAGAGGAGCCGCGCGAGGGCGCCCUUCCUUCGCUACGUGAGGGGAGCCGCGCGAGGGCGCAUUUCCUUCGCUACGUGAGGGGAGCCGCGCGAGGGCGCAUUUCCUUCGCUACGUGAGAAGGGCCGCGCGAGGGCGCCUUUCCUUCGCUACGUGAGGGGAGCCGCGCGAGGGCGCAUUUCCUUCGCUACGUGCCGCUGCAUCGCCGCUCACGGUGCCGGUCCAGGUCCCGGUCCCGGUCACUGCAGGCCCCUCCCUAUCAGUCAUACGCGGGCUUCCGACACGCAGCCGACACGUCGGACACCGCGGAGCUCCAGGAACUGGUGGCGGAGACGCUUCUCUCAUCUUCUCUCUCUCUCUCUUUUCUUCUCAAUCUCAUCACCAGAUCACACACACAGGUGUGUGUGGAGCAGAGAGGUAACAUGUCCAAAAGCGAAGUGAAGACAUCUCUUCUGGACAACAUGAUAGGAGUGGGGGACAUGGUGCUACUGGAGCCCCUAAGCGAAAACUCCUUCAUUCAGAACCUGAAGAACCGCUUUGACCAUGAUGAAAUAUAUACCUACAUUGGCACUGUGGUGAUCUCCAUAAACCCCUACCAAUCGUUGCCAAUCUACACAGCUGACAAGGUGGAGGAAUAUCGCAACAGAAACUUCUAUGAGCUCAACCCUCACAUCUAUGCCUUGGCGGAUGAGGCCUACCGGUCACUGAGGGACCAAGACAAAGACCAAUGCAUCCUCAUCACUGGCGAGAGCGGAGCAGGAAAGACAGAGGCCAGCAAGCUGGUAAUGUCGUAUGUGGCCGCCGUGUGUGGGAAAGGCCAGGAAGUGAAUAAGGUGAAGGAGCAGCUGCUGCAGUCCAAUCCUGUGUUGGAGGCCUUUGGGAAUGCAAAAACAGUGAGAAACGAUAACUCAUCUCGAUUUGGAAAGUACAUGGACAUUGAGUUUGACUUCAAGGGAGACCCUUUGGGUGGAGUCAUUAGCAACUACCUCUUGGAGAAGUCCCGGGUGGUCAAGCAACCCAGAGGAGAGAGGAACUUCCACAUUUUCUAUCAGCUUCUCUCUGGAGCCUCAGAUGACCUGCUUAAAAGGCUAAAGCUGGAGAGAGAUGUUAGCAAAUACAACUACUUAAGCCUCGACUCUGCAGUGGUCAGCGAUCUGGAUGAUGGAGCCAAUUUUCGGAUCAUCAUGGAUGCCAUGAAAACUGUGUGCUUCAUGGAUAAUGAGGUUCAGUCAGUGUUGGAACUGGUGGCCGCUGUGAUGAAGCUGGGCAACAUCGAGUUCAAGUCCGAGUCACGUGUCAAUGGCUUUGACGAGAGCCGGGUGGAGGACAACAAUGACCUGAAGGAGAUUUGUGAGCUGUUGGGGAUUGAACAGAUAGUUCUGGAGAGGGCUUUCAGCUCUCGUACACUGGAGGCCAAGCAGGAGAAGGUGUCCACCACCCUCAACGUAGCUCAGGCUUACUAUGCCCGUGACGCCCUGGCCAAAAAUCUGUAUAGUCGGCUCUUCAGUUGGCUCGUGACUCGGAUAAAUGAAAGCAUCAAGGCUCAAACCAAACAGUCCAAAAAAGUGAUGGGGGUGCUUGAUAUCUAUGGCUUUGAAAUUUUUGAGAACAACAGCUUUGAGCAGUUCAUCAUCAACUACUGCAAUGAGAAGUUACAGCAGAUCUUCAUUGAUCUUACACUCCAUGAAGAGCAGGAGGAGUAUAUUCGAGAAGGUAUUGAAUGGAAGAAUAUUGAGUACUUCAACAAUGCUGUCAUCUGUGACCUCAUUGAAAAUAACAACAAGGGCAUUUUGGCCAUGCUGGAUGACGAAUGCCUGAGACCUGGCACUGUCACCGAUGAGACCUUCCUGGACAAGCUCAACACUGUCUGUGCAGGGCACCAUCACUUUGAGAGCCGGCACUGCACAAACUCCCAGUUCCUCACUGACCAUACUCUGCCUCACAACUGCUUCCGCAUUCAGCAUUAUGCUGGCAAGGUGCUUUAUUGUGUAGAGGGCUUUGUUGACAAGAACAAUGACCUGUUGUACCGCGACCUGUCCCAGGCCAUGUACAAGGCCAGACACCCUCUGAUAAAGCUUCUAUUCCCUGAGGGUGACCCCAGCAAAAUGAACCUUAAGAGGCCUCCCACUGCUGGCUUCCAGUUCCGGGCAUCUGUAGGAACACUUAUGAAGAAUUUACAAACCAAAAACCCCAACUAUAUCAGAUGUAUCAAACCCAAUGACAAGAAGGCAGCUCGCAUCUUUACGGAGACGUUGGUGCGCCACCAGGUGCGCUACCUAGGACUAAUGGAAAAUGUACGUGUUCGGCGUGCCGGCUAUGCAUUCCGCCAGCUAUACAAACCAUGCCUGGAGCGCUACAAGAUGCUCUGUCAGCAGACCUGGCCACACUGGAGGGGUCCUGCUAGGGAAGGAGUGGAGAUGCUGCUCAAUAGCUUGCAGGUUCCAAAGGAGGAAUUUUGCUAUGGGUGUUCCAAAAUUUUUAUUAGGAACCCCAAAACGCUCUUUGCCCUCGAGAAGAAGCGGCGCGAAUGCCUGGAGGUACUGGCAGCCGUCAUCCAGAAGAUCUACCGUGGAUGGAAGCAGCGAAAGCACUUCUUGCUGAUGAAAAAGAGCCAGGUUGUGGUGGCAGCCUGGUACCGUAGAUACAGCCAACAAAAGAAAUUCCAGAAGAUCAGGAUCUGUGCCAUCAUAGUACAGUCUUUGAUCAGGCGGUGGAAGUCUCGUAAGAUUCUCCGUGAGCUGAAACACCAAAAGCAAUGCAUUGAAGCAGCGACCACCAUUUCAGCAUACUGGCAUGGAACAAAGGUCCGCCGUGAGUACCGCAAAUACUUCAGAGCCAGUGCUGGAAAGAAGAUCUAUGACUUCACUGUGAAGAGAACUAUCCAAAAAUAUUUCCUGGACUUGAAGAAGAAAAUACCCUCCAUGUCACCUAUUGACAAGACGUGGCCACCCCAACCUUACCAGUUCCUGGAGGGAACUCAUAAAGAACUUGGUAGAAUCUUCCAUCUCUGGAGGUGUAAGAAAUACAGAGACCAGUUUACAGAACAAAAGAAGGCCAUCUAUGAGGAGAAACUGGAUGCCAGUACGAUCUUCAAGGACAAGAAGGCUCUGUACCCUGGCAGUGUCAGCCAGCCAUUCAAAGGGGACUAUCUUGAAAUCAACCAAAACCCCAAAUACAGUAAACUGAAAGGAUUGUUGGAGGAAAAGGUCAUCCUUGCUGACGUGGUUCACAAAAUCAACAGGGCCAAUGGCAAGGGAACAGCACGGCUCUUUCUCCUGACUAAGAAGCACUUUGUUCUGGCGGAUCUGAAGAGUGUCCAGAUCAAGGCCACUGUGCCACUACCCGACCUUGCCAGUGUGGCAGUCAGCAGCCAAAGUGACGGCUUCUUCGCUCUCAAAAUCAAGGAGGGCUCUGCUUCAGCAGCCAAAGGUGACUUCUUACUGAGCAGUGAACGGCUCAUUGAGAUUAUCACCAAACUGCUCCGAGCAGGAACACAUACUGCCGAGAGGAGUGAAAUAAACGUUGACAUCUCAGAUGAGUUUGUAGUACAUUUCAAGCAGGACAAGGUGUGUGUGAAGUUCAUACAGGGGAGUUCCAAAAAUGGCAACAGUGCUGCAUGUAAGCGCAAGAACAAUCGACUUCUGGAAGUGUCUGUGCCUUCAUCAUAGAGACACCAUGUACUUUCAUGAACCAGCUCUGGGGUGGUUGACCUUCUCUCUUCCCCACCUACACUCAAUCACUGUACCUUUUUGCUAGAUGAAAUGAAUAAUUUAUCUUGUAUUUGCCUUGUGUGCUACUUUGCAACAUAGCUGAAGGCUGCUGCCUCAAGAUGUGCACAAGAAGGCAGGACAACCCAUAAAAUUGUUCUUGGAUUUGUAUGUCGCUUUGGAGAAAAGCAUCUCCCAUAUGAAUAAAUGUAACUGUAAAAUGACAUUAUUGAUAUCCAUCAACAAACUGGAAGUAUUUGCAGUGCACUCAAAACAUUAAAUAGUGUCUCAACUUUGCUUAUCCCCCUAACCUCUGAAUAUCCAGACAGAGUACAUAAAGCCAGACGACUACUCCCUGGGAAUAGUCCUGAAAAUAUAGCUUGGUGUAUUAAAAGUGGACACAUUCACCCCACCGGGAUCAACACGAAUGUAGAAAUUGUAAAACUGCAUGUAUCAUUAUUAGAAAGUCAAUCUUGUUAAAGAACAGUAUUUUCAUUUGUAAGCAAAUGUCAUGCUUUAUUAUACACAUUCCCUUUCUGCAGUGUCAACCCACCAUUUGUACUUUACAAAUUUUCUCUCUCUUAAUGCCAAGUGUAGCUCUUUUAGAAAUAGACCACAGCACAUUUUAUAGAGCAUGAAUACACAUAGACAGACACAUUUAUCAGAUGCUUUUCUCCAAAUCAAUGUAUAUCUGAGAGAAGGUUGUUUGAGAGGAAGCUGCUUUUCAUUAUUUUAUCAGACAUUUCUUUCCAAGGCAACUUACACUGUUAGGAUCCAGUACUAUGGUGCUUGCAUAUAUAAACUCAUUAGAACAGUUACGCAAUAUUUACUGGAACCAUGUGAUUUUGGUACCCAGAUCAAGUGCGCUUUAGAAGGAUUCGAACACAGGUGUGCUCUGAGUUCAAGAUGGUGGUGCUGACCACUGAACCACAUGUUUCCUCUCCCCACAGACAAAGUAUUGCAUUAAACAUUAUAGAGUGUGUAUAUUCUAUUCUAUUCCUUUUUCAGUAUUUUUAUGGGGCCUGUCUAAUAUUACAGGAGAUAAUAAUUCUCAAUUUUUGACAAUUAAGGCAAUAUAAGGAUAAGUGUAAUUGUUUGAGUCUCUCUAAUGGUAUCUCUAUUACAUUCUAAACUUAAAUUUGAAGUAUAACAAGGUGUCUGAUAUCCAAAGAACUGUGCUUUCCACAAGCAGUAAGUGUAAUUUGCAGUAUAAUAUUUUAUUGAUUUUCUAUGACUGACACUGUCAGUAUACAAAGGUAAAUCACUUUAAGAUGCUUUCUAGUCCACAUAAUGAUUUUUGUGAUAACACAGUUGCAUUUUAAUAAAGAAUGAUUAUAGUUUUAGCCAGUAUGCAUUUACUAAUAGGCCCCAGCAUAAGUGUAUUAUGAAGGGAAGUACUUAUUUCAGUACAGUGGAAAUUGCAAUGCGAUCACCUUUGCACUUUAUUUUUGUGUCUAUAUAAAAAGCAGCACCUGUGAAUGUUGUGUACUGAGCUGUGUUUAAUGUAGUAUUUUGGUCCUCAAUGUUUCAGUGCAUGCUGUUGUAAAAUUGAUUUAAUCCAAAGACACUGAGAUACUCCAGUUCAGCUCUGGAACUGG